CGGAAGUGACGUACUUACGAGUUCGGAGUUCAUCCCGUGUCAACACAUGUGCGUCUCCCCCCGGCAGCCACGAGUCCGCAGCCAGGAAGCUGCUUCACUUCAGCGGCUUGAGGCUCGUUUGCCUUAAAACAAGUUCAUAAAAUGCCCAAAGUCGUUUCAUCUUCAUCCAGUGAAGAGGAAGAGGAGCCUCGAGCUGCAGGAACACAACACAAACCACAAGAGAAGAAGAAGAAGACCAGGUACCAGUGUCCUGCUGACUUUGUGUCUUUCUGCCACGCCCCCUGCAGCAGCACACGGACUGAGAGUCUGAGCAACAACAAGAACGAGUUAUGGCUCAUUAAAGCUCCGGCCAACUUCGAUCCAGAAUGUUUCAGUGGCAUCAAGGUUCCUCUCUCAGGCCUGGAGACCGUGAAGGUUCCCACAGCUGCAGGCGGAGCCACGACUGCCAGCGGCCAGAAGAUCUACAGCAUCCUGGCGUCGUCCCACGGCACCUCAGAGCUCCACUUGCUCACCACAGACAAGCAGUCGUCGGAUGGCGUUGCUUUCGCUCCUGCUUUUUCAGGCUUGAUAAAUGUGUGUGAGAGCUACGGAAACACCAGCGCUAACUGGGCUCCUCAGGUCAUCCCCGCCGCUCCUGCACCCUCCAUACCACCGGGGCUGAAACAGCGAUUCCAACCCUUUGGCAGUAGGACUCCCACGCUGACCUGUGUGGCAGAGAACGAGACGGACGGAGCCGCCUUCGGGCCCUCGUCUACAACUCUCCGGCCCCUGGUAGUCAAACGAUACAUAGAGGAAGCAGGAAAUGAGGAAGAGGGUGAGGGGAGGAGGAAGAAGAAGAAGAAAAAGAAAGAAAAGCAGAUAAAGUUGGAGCGAGAGGAGUCGGAGGAGUUGGUGAAAGUGGAACUUGAAGCUGAAAUUAAGGAUGAAGUGAUGACAGAGCUCCCAGAGGAGAAGAGGAAGAAGAAGAAGAAAAAGAAGGACAGGGAGCGAGAGGAGGUGGAAGAGGGAGUGGAGCCCAGUGUGGAGGUAAAGGCUGAAGAGGUAACGGUGAAAUGUGAACCAAUGGACACUUCGUAUGGUGAUGAAGGGGAAGGAUUGGUAAAGAAGAAGAAAAAGAAGAAGAAAAGCAAAACUGAUGACGACUAGUCUGUUGUUGUCUUUAAGUUUUGUUUAGUUUUGACUUUCUAAAAUCGCCUGGGAGUCCAUUUCCUUCUGAAGUUGUUUUCAGGCACGAGCUCUGGAGGAUGUCCGCACCUCUGGCUCCAGACUUUCUCUGGCGUUUUCUUUCACACAUUAACCACGCAGCAUGAGAUUCUCCACUCAGCUUCUCCACACAGAAAUCUCUGGGGCGUUCAGGUGAGAGUUGGUGCAGCAGGCGGAGGCGGGACGUUUAAAUGCUGCUGUGGAGAUCACGUGUUGUCGUUUACAGCACAUCGACACCAGCGUCCGCUCUUAUCACCGAAAGCUCUGACAUCUUCACUUGGUGCGCGACGCUCCACGUUUCAUCCUGAGAGUUUUGCGUUUCUUGCGUGUUAGAAACGCCAUCAACACGCCUACUCGCUCGCGGUAAAUCCUCCGGAGCUUCUCCUGCCAUGUUCUCACGUCAGCUCCCUCAAACAUUGUCCAAAGUUUUUAUUAGGGGCCUGGCAGGAGAAACUCUGGAGAAUGUCCGGAGCCUCUCACACGGACAUUUUUGUUGUCACAUACAGCCCCUCCGGAGAAUGUGUGGAGUUCAGUGCAGGUCUGAAAGAAGCUUAAUUCAAUCCAUGCUAUUGAUAGUUGAGAGAUUAUAUAAAGCAGGGCAUUGUAGUUUGGGAAAAAAGGAGAAAAUACAUCUUGAAUCAGUUAAAUUCGGACACAAAUUAUAAAGUGGGUUCGUUCCAGCAUCGUCAAAUCCAAUGUUCUUAUAAUCCUGAGCUCAGUAUGACACACAGAGCCUGUGUGCAGCUGCAGGCGACUACGAGUGACGGGUAAUGAGAACGUACAGGAGGAAUUUCUGUGUUUUCCACCAGCGUCUGUCAAGUCGUGGCCGAUUGUGUGGGACAGUGUUUCUGUGUUUGUGUACAUAUUUACGUUACUGGGGGAAGUAACGUCACCAGUUUGGCUGCUGACUCAGAAAAACCAGAGCGGUUACAAUGGCAGAAUAAUGGUUCAGUGUCACGUAAGGCUGUUAGUAGCUGGAGCUGAGUCACAUGCACUGCAGGAAUUACGUGUGUGCAGGGAAACACAUGUUGGAGAACAAACUCCAAACGUGAUUAAAUGAAUUGAAAGAAAAAAAACGGUGGUGGUGUUUUUCUUUGUCGUGCAAUCGGCUCCUGCCAGUGUUGGACUGCAGCACAACAUGUUCCUCUCAUGCCUUGUUAACACACUGACUCCAUCCAGACGGAAUGACUCUUGUACUUGUGUUGUAACUCUGUGGCUUUUAUGUUGUGCAACUGCAGGAAACAACUGUCUUAUUUACAGGACUGUAGUUUUCUACUAAUCCGGAAAACAACAUAUCAGAAGCAGCUGUCUCAUCAGAAGAAUAAAAGAUUUGUGUUAGAUAAACUA